AUGGGCUACAACGCAUGGAACGCGUUCCAAUGCAACAUCAACGAGGACCUCUUCCUCACCACAGCCAACCUGAUGGUCUCCCUCGGACUCAAGGACGCCGGCUACCACUAUAUCAACCUCGACGACUGCUACGCGCUCAAGAACCGCACGUCGAGCGGGGCCAUCGUCGAGGAUCCGGCCAAGUUCCCGAGCGGGAUGCGCAGCCUGACGGACAAAAUACACGCAAUGGGAUUCAAAGCGGGAAUCUACGGCGACUCGGGAUGGUAUACCUGCGCCGGCUACCCCGGUUCGUUCCAACACGAAGCUCAAGACGCGCACACCUUCUUCGACGAGUGGAACUUUGAUUUGCUCAAGUUUGACAAUUGCGCCAUUCCGUACGACGAUAUCAUCCGGCAAGGUAUCAUAGGAAAGUACCAGCGCAUGGCUGACGCGAUCGCGAAGGUCGCAAGACCGAUCGUGUUUUCCCUCUGCGAAUGGGGUUGGAGCCAGGUCUGGCUAUGGGGAGCCAAGCUGGGACAGAGUUGGAGGACCACGGGUGAUAUCGGCCCCGACUGGCCCAGUCUCGCCAACAUCAUCAACUUCAACGCCUUUAUCACCCAAGCUACGAACUUCUACGGACGGAACGAUAUGGACAUGGUGCAACUCGGAAACGGCGGGCUCACGUACGACGAAGCGAAGUCGCACUUCACCGCGUGGGCGCUAAUGAAAUCGCCCUUGCUCAUCGGAACAAACCUAUCCGCAAUCACGAACGACGUCCUUGGCAUACUGAAGAACAAGGAAAUCAUCGCCAUCAACCAGGAUCCGGUGGUGGGAGAGAGUAUAUCCCCGUUCAGCAUCAGCAGCGACUACCCUCCUCAGUAUUGGAGCGGCGACUCUCAGAACGGGACCGUGUUCAUGCUCCUUAACACCUUGAACGAGACUGCCGACAUGUCCUUCAACCUCACCGAAUCGCCCUGGAUUCGCGCCGGUCGGAAGUACUCCGUUCGUGAUCUAUGGACACACACCGAAAAUGGAACGGCUGUGCGUAACUUCACGGCAAAGGCGGUCCCGCCGCAUGGCGUCGUCGCGCUCCUACUCAAAGACGCCGGAGACGAGCCCGACGGCCUCUACCCGGCAUGCUCGGUGUGGUAUCAAUGCAUCGAUAAGAAUGGGACGCAUGUCGGGGGGUGA